AACGUGAACCACCGAUUGUCACUGCAAAGCACAGCAAAGCGCAAUAGAAAAAAAGAAAACUCAUGUGGGGCUGCCGUUUGGCCGAUGCAGAAGCCUCAUUGCACGAAACUUACGUCGAAUUUUUUUUCCAGUUUGCUCAUUUGUCUAGUCACUGGCACAGCUUCUUUCGAAGUAUGUGCUUUAUGGACACUUUCCUCAUCACCAUGAGCCCCUCAAUCCCUUCGAAUCAUCCCAUUUCAGAAAGAGAUCCCGACCUAGCGGCCUGUCAAACCUCAGUUGGGUUUUUGAUUUGCACUUCUGCUGAUAUUUUUUUGCAGAAUGCCGAGUUUCUGGGCGUUGGAUGAGUUCCUUGCGGUGGUGGGGUUGUGAGCCUUGAGAUUCGUGGCUGUCUCUGCACCAAGCGAAUUUGCCUUACGCCGGUGGUUUUGCUUCAGGGUGUUCGGUUUGUUAGCUUGUGAAUUGGGUUGUUGGAAUUGGGUCGAACGAGAUUGGGGUUGAGUUUGGGUGCGAUGAUGAGAACUAGCGAGAUAAAGAAUGCGUUCGCGGGGAACCCUAUAGUGGGUGGGAAGCGGGAAGUGGAGGAUUUGGAGCAAUUGCUGCGGUCUCCUGAAGCCUAUUCGAAGGUGAAAGUGCUGCCUCUGUGCGAUGGCAAGCCUUUGGUUGCAGCCCAGCGCGAGGGCUUAGUGUCUUGGCAAUUGGCGUGGCAACCUCUCGUUACCAUCCGCCACGCUAGCUCCACCGAGGAGCUGCACAGUCUUUUGGUGUAUCUUGGAGAUGCUGAUGGGUUCUCGUACUUUGCCAUCAGCGUGCCAGCGAAGGACGCUGGCGAUAGGCAGGAGCUCAAGACCAUGGCGGACGACUUUGGGCAGCCGGGGGUUAUAUUCUACGAUUUGCGGUCUCUCAUGCAGGCUGUAGAUUGCGUAAGCCCCGACGUCAUGGGCGAUCUCUCCAUAGCUGGCCAUGCGAGGGCAAUGAUGGAGUGGCACAAGCAAGCUUUGUAUUGUGGACGCUGUGGCACUAGCUCUCGACCCAUCUCGUGUGGGCAGAGGAGGCAGUGCACUAAUGCUAAGUGCAAUAGCAAAUUGUACCCAAGAAUAGAUCCCGUCGUUAUAAUGCUGGUGAUUGACAAGGAGCGUGACUGUGCAAUUCUAGGUCGACAGUCCCGCUUUGUCCCGCGCAUGUGGAGCUGUUUAGCGGGCUUCAUUGAGCCCGGCGAAAGUUUAGAGGAGGCUGUCCGAAGAGAAACUCGGGAGGAAGUAGGUCUUGAAGUUGAAGAAAUAGUUUAUCAUAAUUCACAGCCAUGGCCAGUGGGACCUAGCUCGAUGUCAUGUCAGCUAAUGGUUGGAUUCUUUGCUUACGCCAAAACUUUUGACAUUCGGGUAGACAAGAAGGAGCUCGAAGACGCCCAAUGGCAUCGACGUGAAGACGUUAGGAACAUGUUACGGACUUCGAGAUACAAAAGCGAUCAGCUGGAGGCGGCUUCGAAGAUCCAGAAGGCAGCUAGCGGUGACAGCGCAUUCACCAAACAACCACCGUCGAAAUCUCCGUCGGAUGUAAGGAGGCCCUCUACCGACACGAGCAGUGUGCCUUUUGUGCCCGGGCCUUACGCCAUUGCACACCACUUGAUCUCCACCUGGGCUAACCAAGAUCCUGUUGUGGGCCUCUCCAACUACUGAUCUCUAAUCCACCCGAAACUUGCUACGCCCAGUUAAGCAUUUCGAAGCAUGCAUAACCACUUUAGGGUCCAGUUCUGCCUUAAAAUCUGUGAUUCUUUUUCGAAUUGUCUCUACUCAAUGGAAAGCGCUUUGUCUAUAUUCUACACGUUGGUGCACUCUCCAUCUUCUCAUCUUGUCCAUUUGAGUUUUAUAGAUCUCUCAAUAGCAUGAAGCAGUGGAUAGAUCUGGCGGCGUUGCUCUCAAAUUGAUGGCAAUUCCCCAUUCAACCUCGCGUUGUGGCUUCAUUAGAAUCGUCCUCUUUGCCAACCUCUUGAAACCUUCAAACCUGCGAUGUGUGAACAAGAGCUUGAAUGUUAUUAUGAAUGUUGUUGGUAAUAGGUGGAAAUGGUAGGACAAGAAUAGUUUUAUUAUUGGGAUUUGUUUAGAAUGAGUUAUUCCGUUGUGAACAUGAAGAAUAUCUUUCUGAGUUGAAUUGUGUAUCUCCGAUCUAUGUUUAUCAGCUUCCUGAAUUUUAAAAUUGGCUCUACAAUUUGAUUUUUA